GUGCUUUUCGUGUGUGCAGCUGAGCGUGGCCCAGUGUCUGGAUAACGUGACCACCUUUCUCAACUCCUACCUACUUCUGCAGCAGACAAACAGCGUCGGAGUCUGCCUGUGUCAUCAGGGAGGGAGGUGAGACCAAAAGGCUGCCUCAUUAGCUGUGUUGUGUGUGUGUUUGCUGCAGUCGGAUGGUGUACCCAGUGGCAGGGAGAGAGGAGGCCGGGCUCCAAGAGACAGAGGAGACCACAAGUGGAAAGUACGAGCCUCUGGUCCACAUGAAUCGAGUCCUGACUGAAGAGAUUCGCAAGACUGUGACCGAAACUGCUAGUGAGCCUUUGGACUUUGCCAUGCAUUUUCUUAUGUAGUGUGCCUGACACUUGCUGGGUAGAUAUAUAGUUGCUUUCAGGCAGAUCUUGUUUGUCGAUUAGUUUAUUUUGUCUAAAUUUCUUGCAGGUCACCCUGUUCACAGUACUUCAGCGCUAUCGGGAGCACUUAGUAAAUGUCUCUGCUGUAUCCCCACCACACUCAAUGCAGACGUUGAUAAAGUUCCAUCGUACAGAGAGUUUACUGUUAUAGUUUGACCCCGUCAGGGAGGAAAAAUAUAUAUAUCUGUUUAGUGAUUCAGACUAAUAAUCUAUGGAGGAAAAAUAUAUAUAUCUGUGCAAGAAAUAGAACCUAGGUAGUGAUUCAGACUUAAUUUUUGGCGAAGACAUCCAGAGGCGUUGUAGGGAGGCACCACUAGGAACCAAAGUCAACUCACGCAUACUAGUAAUAAUGUCAUCGCAAGACACCGCGUCACAGUAUGUACCUGUAAUGAACUGCAUCUUUGCUGCCCAAAAACAUAAAAUAGUGAUCGACUCGUGCGUCUUAUGGCAAGACUCAGGAUUUCUACAGCAAGCUUCAGAUAUCACAGGUGGUAUUUAUAUAAAAACUCCAGAGCCUGCAGGCUUACUGCAGUUUCUGAUAUGGACGUUUCUACCGGAUGAGACCAGCAGAGAUAAACUCAUGCUGCCAUCAGCGGUAAAGGUGGACUACCAUGCCUCUUGUUUCUGCCACCAUCGACUGGUGGACGUCGGCCAUGUCUGCUCUGUCUGUCUCUCUAGUGGGUGUGCCCCUUCAAUUUACCUGCCAUUUUCUAUUCGUGUCACAUAAUUAUACUUACCUGUAUAAUUGAAUGUUGAUUGCAGUUUUCUGUCAAUUCACUCCGAUCUGCUCCAUGUGCCAAGCACACUUCAAGCUGCCCAACUUGCCUCUGGUCAAGGCUGGAAAGUCGAAGAAGAAAAAGAACGCCAAAGUCAGAGACCACGGCCAAGCAUAGCAAAUUUCCAGUGUUUUAUAUUGUCCUGUCUUUUUUUUUUUUUAUAAUGCAUGAAUCACUACUGUCUUUCGUUUAUAAUCAGCAGGUUAUGUCAAUUUCUUUUCAAUAAUGAUAAUACAAAAGCACGGUUAAUGAAAAACAAAAAAUUGGGAAAUGAACAGUCUUGUGAUAUUAUUAUGUAUAAUGUUCAAGCAGCCAUGAACGAUUCAAGGUCAAAAUAGUCUGGAUCAAAGCUUGAAUCACUUCCAACGGAGAAGGGAGACAGCAUCUUUUCCAGCUCUGAAUCUGUCAUGUCUGAGAAGUUGGCUACGAGACAAUCAUUAACAGGGGCAGAGUCAAUAAUAACAGGGGAGGUGGCAGUAGACUCUGGUAUGAGGGGAAAUGGAACGGAAUCGGAAAAACUGUCACUGGAUGAUGAGAACAUGGGCGGGGUCAGUAGGGGGCUGGGGUUCAGAAUAUGGCUAUCGGGUUCCAGUUGGAUUGGUGGGUC